AUGGAUGUAGCGCAGAUUGAUUUCGCUUUGAAUCUUUUUCGAAAUAGCGUUGAGGACGACGAAAAUGCCAUAAUGUCACCAUUUUCAAUUGCCGUUUUAUUGGCGAUGGUUGGAAUAGGCGCGGAACGAAAUACUUAUCGUGAAAUUAGUGAAGUUCUAGCUCAAGGUGCACAACGAGAGGAAAUUGGUGAAUAUUUCAAAAUGAUAAUGCAAGCUAUAAAGCAAACAGAAGGAAAAUUUGAACUGCAUUCGGCAAAUAAAUUAUAUAUUCAAGAAGAAUUUCCAGUAUUAGAGAAUUUCACAGAAAAAAUUCGUGAAGUUUAUGAUGGUGAAGUGGAAUCUAUUAAUUUUUUGGAGACUGAUACAACAGCGUCGGAAAUAAAUGAGUGGGUCGCUAAUGUUACAAAUUCGAAAAUUACAAACAUUGUUAGCCCUAGCCUAUUUACAAAUGACUCAAGGAUUUUACUUAUAAAUGCUGUUUAUUUCAAAGCAGCCUGGUUCGUUCAGUUCGAUCCAUCGAUGAAUUCUAAAGAAGUAUUCUAUGUUUCAAAGGAUGAAAAGAACGAAGUACAAAUGAUGAAUAAGAAGAGGUACUUCCCUUAUUUUGAAGAUGAUGAAAUUCAAAUCCUUGGUAUACAAUAUAAAGGAAUGAAAAAUUUAUAUAUGUAUAUAAUAUUGCCAAGAGAAAAAUACGGAUUGGCCGAUUUUGAACAAAAAUUCAAUGGAGCUGCGUUGCAUACACUAAUAGGCAAUUGCAGUAAGCAGGAAGUAAAGGUGAAAAUACCGAAAUUUAAAAUCGAAAAAGAGUUCAACAUGAUUGAAGCUCUAAAGAAAAUGGGUAUUAAAGAUGCAUUUGGCUUUCAAGCCGAUUUCUCGGGAAUUAGCGAUCAACCACUUUUUAUUUCAGAUGUCAUCCAUAAAGCCUUCAUUAAUGUCGAUGAAUAUGGUACCGAAGCAGCCGCAACAACAGCAGUUUUCGUUAGUUCGCUAUCUGCAAUGGUAUCCUCCAUCGAAAUCACUUUUAUCGCCGAUCAUCCAUUUCUUUAUCUAAUAAUGCAAGAAAAUACUAUCCUUUUCAUGGGCCAUGUUAAAAGAAUCUCCUCAUGA